AGCAAGAGCGAAACGGAAAAUCCGUCUUCGGCAAUAAGCAUCAAGAUCAGUCCAGGGGCCGAUCUGAAGCUGUUUAUACGGACACAUUUGGCACGGCGAUCUUUUAUGCAAAAAUAACGGUUUUAGAGGCAGAUCGAGCGGAAACUAGAUGUUUUUGUAUAAGGGUUAGAAGUGGAACUUGGGUAGGCGAAGUCUUGGGCGUAUCUCCACUUUUGUUCAUAUAUUGUCAAAGUGGAAAACAGCCGAGGCUGAGCGCAUCUGAUCUUCCCCGAGCGCUCGGUGCUGAUGAGGGCUUUGUCGGCGUGAUCCGUGCGCGAUGGCCGCUUCGGGCGGACAGAAGAGUGAGAAGUUAGAUGAAGCUCAGGCUCUAGCGAGGAGUUGCGCAGGGCGACCGGACUUUCUGCCCUGCGAUGGACUAUCCAUCUGCGCCACACACAGCCACGGGAAGUGUUUCAAGCUGCACUGGUGCUGUCAUCUGGGCUGGUGCCACUGUAAAUAUGUCUACCAACCCAUGACCAGCGUAUGCCAACUUCCCAGCACGCUGGUUCCAGUUGCCCCCUCAGGUCACACCCACACCAUGAACCUGUCCAUCUCCCUGGCUGAGCGCUUUCUCAGGACGGCCCCCAAAUUCCAGGCUCCACCCUGCCCAGAGUCGCCCAAGUUCUGCGUCAUCUCUGAGCUCUUUGUGGAUGAUUACAUGGUCAAACGUAUCAACGGUAAGAUGUGUUAUGUGCAAAGGCCGCCUCCCCCUUCACCAAAUCCCAAACACCAACCCCAAAUGCCGGCACCUCAACCUGCACCCCAACGUACCAACAAGCACACAAGGCAAGCAGGCCCAACUAUUAAACACGACCAACUAAACGAGAAGAUCUCAGGCCCUAAAAUGGACCACUGCUCGUCUCCCUCCAGUUCAGAAGACUCUGGAAUCAAUGCAUUGGGUCUGCACUACAUGGAAUCAUGCGAUGAGGACUCCUGCGUGGAUGAUGACGACGAGGAAGAAGAGGAUGAUGAGCUGAGUACCGAUGGGGACUCCAGUCCCGGCAGCCUCUGGGACCAGGAUGAGUGCACUUUACUGUCACCGUCCAAAUCAAUGGUUGAGAUCAUUGAGAAGAUCGAGACUACAGUUUGACGUGCCUGUCAAUUAAUACCACAAUUGGAAUUCCUCAGUCUCGGAAACACUUCCCAACACUAUCCUAUAUGCAGGUGCAUGAGUUCAAUGAGCCAGUGCAAGCACACGCUCCCUGUUAUGGCAGUGCCAUUCGAGGUGGUCCCAGAAGAGCCCUCGAGAGAUGAGUCAUGGCAACUUCUCUCCUCUACUUACUACAACUCUGAUUUCCCCUAUAGUCCCUUACGCAUGGUGAGGCUAAUGUAGGUUACACGCAAGUAAGUGUGCUGACAAACUCAUAUUGUGAGAACUUUGACCAAAUGGGACUCGAUACAUGAUAGAAUAUUUCAUGGAUGAACAGAUGUAGGAAAGUCAAAUUCAAAAAUAUGAGGCUAUGUCUCUCCUUAGAGAGCUCAGACACAAUCUGUCCAAUGCAUAGAAACGGAAGAGGGAAUGGCUGAUGCAAUAUGGAGAGAUCUAGACUAAGACGGUCUGUGUGUGUUAGGAGGAUAGAGAGUGCUACAAAGAUAGAAGGAGAAAGAGUGAGGGAGAGAGAGAGUCUUUCAACGUCCUGUUAGCAGAAUCAGUCAGAACAGUGGCUAAAUCAUGCAUGAGCUCAGAGGACGGUAAUGAAACUUUGCGAUGAAAAGAGAUUGAGGCUCGUGCCUGAGGGAAUGCCCCUUUUCUCAAACUCUCCCACACGCUGAGACUCCCAAGAGGCACAGCCAAGGGUACAUUACCAGAUGUUUCUUAUCUGGCACCAGACUGUGGAGCGAACCAAUCCUCCCAUCAUCACAGUCCUUAAAGUUUGUGUCUUCUUUAGGAGUGGAAAACAACUUUUGACAAUCAGUUAGGUUUACGAUAAAUUCUGCAGAAGAGUGAUAAGGAAUAAAAUUGCAUUGUUCGUCCCCCAAGAAUCCCAUUGUGAUCUAUGUUCCAUUUUGUCAAGCCACUUUAAAAGUGUGUGGUGUAUCAUUGACAAAGCCAGAGGAUUGCUUAGGUGCCAUUCACGCAAGAUGCGUUUUUGUGUCCUGUUUUUUAAUUGUUGGUCUACAUAAUUGUGCUGGACAGAUGCUAUUGUUCCUUGAUGUUUUUCUCACAUCUGCAUUCUUAAGAGUUCACCCAAGCACUACGAUUUUGUCAUAAUUUACUCACUGUCAUGUUAUCACAAACCUGUAUGACUUUCUUCUGUGAAAGAAUAUGACAAAUGUUAUUUGUAUGUGUUGUAAAUGGAAUUUGGAAGAUGCUUUUUGCAAAACAACUUACAUUGGAUUCAAGGUAUACAUGGUAUCAGGUAAACAUUUUAUCAAACCCAUAAUCUUUACAUUGCUGGUAGCAUGUCUGAGCUACAAGAAUGCUAUAAACCAGCUUUCAGGUUAUUUCUGCCGCCCCUGUCUAGGUGUAUUUAACGCAAGAACGCAUCCUGUGUGAAGGGCCCCUUAGUGUCACUUUGAGAUCUUUGAGAUCUUUGAGAUCUUCACUGGCUCCAACAGUUUCAGGUUUUCUAAGAGUUUAAGAACAUUUGGCCCAUUCAGACUUGCCAGAGCAUCUCUGGGUCUCAUUUUUCCAUUGCAUUCACACUUAUUAUAUUAAAGGGGUCAUAUGAUGCGAUUUCAAGUUUUCCUUUCUCUUUGGAGU